CGGAGACCCAGCAGCUGAUGAGGUGCGCUCGAGACGCUCGCCGGCUGAAGACCCAGCGAUAUUUCCACUGACUAGCAGCGGCUGAUGCGCCCGCAGCUGAGCCGUGAUGACUGACGUGAUGAUCAGCGCCACACCGAUGGACGACAUGAGGCUCAGUCCCAGCAAAGACCGCCUGACCUUCCAGAUCUUUCCGGAUCCCUCAGACUUCGAGCGCUGCUGUAAGCUGAAGGACCGUCUGCCGUCUAUCGUGGUGGAGCCGACGGAGGGCGAGGUGGAGAGCGGGGAGCUGCGCUGGCCUCCUGAGGAGUUCCUGGUGAGCGAAGAGGAGGAGGAAGAGUGCGAUGGAAACCUGCAGAACGAACAGAUGCAGAACUCUCAGCAUUAGAGAGGAACCAACUGACUCUCUCUCUCUCUCUCACACACACACACACACACACACACACACUGAUUCCCAGGGAUAGAAUAGAGGAUCACACCAACGCAUACAGAACAACUGAUCCACUGACAUCCGUUCGCUCGGACCAUGAGCUGGACUUCAUUCCCACCAGAGUGUGUGUGUGUGUGUCAGAAGAUUAUUCCUAAUGGUGAUGGUCUGUCCUGCACUCAUUCCUGUUAUUUACAUGCUUUUCUGAAUAACACCAAUCUUCCUGACCAGAUGCCAUUAGUGUUUGUAUGUGGAUUUUACUGUUAAUAUUCUGUAGAUGAAUGACCGGUAAGAUGUCUUUAGUGUGUCAGUCUGCAUCAGUCCUGAAUUCUGUCGGAGAAACCGCAGCCGUCUUCCUUUCAUCUGAUGUUGCUGUAUUUGUCCACAGCAGGACUGACCGUGUGUCAUGUUCUUAUGGAUCCUGUGUUUGUGUGUCUGUAUGCAGUAUAUAUAUAUAUGUGUAGAUGUCAGUGUUUGUGUUGCGGGUCUGUCACAGAAUCACUUCCUGACUGUUCAUCUGUAAAGACUCAGGGAGUUUGCUCUUAUUUUGUAUGUACACUGCUUCUUCUCUGACCGACAGAGGCUGUAAAUAAACCAUUUGAAAGUGCUUUACAAACCAGUGCUUC